AUGGCAGACAUCCAAGCCCUUAGACGGCUCAUCCAAACUCACCCGAUCAUCGACAACCAUGCACAUAAUAUCUUGAGUGCAGCCCAUGCGGCAGACUACACUAAAUACCCCCUCGAGAGCAUCGUAUCUGAGGCCCAGGGGGAAUCGCUGCUCUCGGACAGCUGCAAGUCGCUUCCUCAUAUCAGAGCAGUCAGCCAGCUGGCAGACUUCUAUGGCUGUCCUGCAGAAUGGGAUGCCAUCAAAAUAGCAAGAGAAGAGGCGGUUAGGACCGAUUAUGACAAGGUGGUGAGGAAAUGCCUUCAGGGGACGCAUAUGCUGCUCCUCGACGACGGCCUCGACCUCGUUCAUGCAGAAUCAUAUGAGUGGCAUGACCAGUUUACUCCUGGAUCUACAAAGAGAAUCGUUCGGAUUGAAGUCCUGGCUGCAUCGAUCUUGACGGUGCUUCUGCAGAAGGCAAAGGAUGACGAGUUCCACGUCGAUACCACUCCUGGACCCGGAGACGAAGACGGUCUCAUUCUCGGCAAAUACUCUUCUUCACAGCUCCUAUGCAUCUUCGAGGGGGCGUUCAGGAGCCGCAUCAGGGCCUACUUGGAUGACGUGGACGUCGUGGGAUUUAAAUCCAUCAUCUGCUAUCGGUCUGGCCUAGCGAUCAAAACGCCCCCAGCUGAUGAUGUCCUUCGAAGUUUUAAUGCUUAUUUUCAGUCAUUAUCGACAACUGGGAAUAGUCGUAUUGAACACAAGCCCUUGAAUGACUACUUGGUAUUGUCGGUUUUUAAAAUCCUCCGUCAACAUCAGGCUACCAGCGGGAGGACAAAGCCCGUCCAGUUCCAUACGGGUCUGGGUGAUUCAGACAUAGAAUUGAGCCUCUCUGAUCCCGCUCUCCUCCAGCCUGUCAUAGAAGAAUAUGAUACUAUCAAGUUUGUCCUUCUACACUCGUCAUACCCGUUUACGAGACAGGCGGGAUAUCUGGCGAAUACCUUUAAAAACGUCUAUCUGGACCUGGGAGAGGUGUUCACCGAGUACGUUUACAAGGGUGAUUUUAGUAUUGAACAGGCUGCAGACUCGGUCAAAGACAUCCUGUUCAAUAACUCCAACGAACUCUACGGACUUGGCCAAAGAGUGAGCUUCGAAACUAUUUUAAGCCUACAACAAACUGAAGAAACCCCAUUCCCUCAACUGUUCGCUCAGAAGCCCUCAGAAACCAGCAUUCAAACGGCACAGCGGUUUGCUUCUGUUUUUGGAAAUAUUGACUUUUAUUGGCUCCAAUUCGUCGACUUUACAGCCACUGUGCGCCUUCGCAUGGUUCCUGCUCGUCAAUUCCACCGUAUCCUGCAGGGAAAGUCAAUCGGAAUCACAAUGGCCGUUAUGAACUUACUACAGAACGAUACCUUAGGGCAACCUGGUGCUCUGACUGCAGGUCAAUUCUACCUUCGACCCGACGUCACCACUCUAUCGCCAAAUCUUAAAAAGUCUGGGCCCCCUAACAGCGCAACGGUAAUGACCUUCUGGAAGACUCCAGAUGGUCAACCCCAAGAAGGUUGCCCUCGUACCAUGGUGCAGAAUGUGGUUGAUAAAUGCAAAUCCGAAUUCGGCGUUUCUCUACUUCUAGGCUUCGAGGUUGAAGUUGUAUUCAUGAAAGCAUCUGAUGUCAAACGUGAUCCUGAAUACCAAUAUCUUGAAGAUAAACACUACUUCACUCCCUGGACACUGAACCAUUCAUGGUCGAACAUGACAUCGGACACAAGGAAAGCGCUGCCCCUCGCUGAAGAAAUAGCAGCUGAAUUACUCUCGCUAGGCAUUGAAAUCGAACAGUUCCACGCCGAGUCAUCACCGGGACAGUUCGAAUUCGUCCUCCCACCAGCCCGUCCUCUGGCCUCCAUUGACACCCUCAUCAGAGCUAGACAGGCCAUCGUCACUGUAGCUGAGAGGUACGGAGUUCGUGCAACUCUAUACCCCCGACCAUAUCCUAGCCAUGCCGGAACUGCAUCGCACGUCCACAUAUCAGUCACACCAACGACGCAUGAGGAUGCAUUCCUGGCAGGUAUGUUGAAACAUUUCGCAACCAUUUUGGCCUUUACGUUCCCGCAAAAGUCUUGCUAUGGCCGUGUAUUGCCUGGUAUAUGGUCUGGCGGCAUAUGGAUUGCAUGGGGAGAACAGAAUCGAGAAACACCCAUCCGAAAGAUCAGUGAGGGACAUUGGGAAAUCAAGUCAAUGGAUGGCAUGUCGAAUCCGUAUCUGGCUAUGGCCGCUGUGAUUGGUGCGGGAUAUCUAGGUAUGAAGGAGAAGCUAGAGUUGAAAAUCAAAGCGUGCAAUGCUGAUCCUGCACAUCUCAGUGAUGGAGAGCGCAAGAACCUAGGGAUAACCACGUCCCUCCCGAGGUCGAUCGAAGAGAGUAUCGCGGCCUUGGAGGCUGAUUCAUCGCUUCAGGAGGUGCUAGGCAAAACUUUUGUGAAACGGUAUAUCGAUGUUCGGUGGGGAGAGCAGAAACUGCUCGAUAGUAUGAGCGAAACCAAGAUGCGAAACUGGUUAAUCGAGAAAUACUAA